AUAAGAUGGCUGCUUUUCUCAAUGAGAUGAAGACGGUGCGUUUGAGGAAAGUGAGCGAUAGUGGUGUGCCUCCAGAACUGUCCUCUCUUGAGAGGAGAGCAAGUACAGGUGGUUCUGGCAUCAAUAAGCCUGCAUCGCAGGAUCUCCUGCGAAAGAGCUUGAAUUCCAGAAAAGAAGUCGGUACAGUAACUGGUGGAAAGCGGAAAAUCGAUGCUGUAGCUGGUUCAGAAUUACAGGACGCACUUCGUGUCGCUGUCAAACGUCGUUCGAUGGGCUCAUCGGAUAGCGGAUCUUUAGCGUCUACAUCGUCGGGGGCUGGAAACCCUGACAUGCGCAUUUCCAGGAUACCUUUUCCUACUUCUAUGCUGUUCUCCCAAUCAUACCCUCCACCUGCGCAACCUCCUGGCGAUCCACAACAGAAACUGACAUCACUACGCCAUCCCUGUGUUCUGAUAACGAUGCAGAUCGAGAGGGCGAAGCAAGCCUCGACGAUCGACUUCCUUCCACACCUCCUGGUACUCCUUCCACUGCGAUAGGUCUACAAGCAGAGGACAUCAGUACUGCCAGUGGUAGCCAAACAGAUCCUAUCGAUGUUGAUAUGGAACCUGAGCGGACUACUUUGUCGCCCGAACGCACUACCACGCCAUUACCCGCAUCUCCACAGCUGCAACGUGCGCAAGAGUUGUUUGAGAAACGGCCUCCCACAUCUCCGAUGCCUGCACCUACUCCCCGUAAACCUCGUCCACCGGCAAGGGCCCCCCGAGCUGUUAAUUAUGGACCUCAGGAGCGUGACUAUGACGAUGACGAUGAUCCGUUAUCUUUGACAUUUUCUUCUCCUGAGGAUGCUUCAAUCAUUCGACAGAGAAGCAAAUCCAAAGAAAAGAAAAAAGUGCGUCCAAAGAAUUUGCGUCACCCUGGGGGAAACUCGAGUCGUGAUGUAUCACAAAGUUCUAUCACUCUGAUCAAACGACAGCCAACGUUGGAGGAGGAGUUGUGUGACGCCUAUAGUCGGUCGAUGGAAGGUGAUGAUGUCGAUGACGACGUAUUGGUUGGUGUUGGGACGAGGAGUAAGCGUGAGGGUUUCCUCGCACACGGAGGUGCUGGGGGUCCCCCGGUUUUCAUGGGCGUGGGCUAUGUACGUGGUGCCGAAAAUGCAAGUGAAGAAGAAGAGUAUCGAUCUAGGAGGAGUAAUCACCAUUCAUCUAUACCGAUCGCUGCGAAAAGAAAAAACAAGCGGUAAUCUUGGCUCGUCUAUGAAUUCUCCUUGGAUCCCGUCGCUCUUGUAUUUGGGCUCUUUAGGCCAUAUUAUUAUGUAUAUCUUAUGCUUCUGUACUUUGAGUCGCUGUAGCCAAGAGUACGUACAUUGUUUUUUGUUUUGAAUAAAAAAAUCGCCCAUCUA